CUAAAGACAACAUGAUGUUGCUGCUUGCUUUAUUGCUGCACUUAGUGGCUCUAACCUGGGCACAACAUGAUUACUAUUACUCUCAGCACGAUUAUUCCCAGGAUGAUGGGUGGGUGAAUCUUUUUAGACAGGGAUUUAAUUUCCAGUGCCCACAUGGGCAGGUAGUAGUCGCUAUACGCAGUGCAUUUAGCAAAAAAGAAGGCUCGGACAGGCAGUGGAACUACGGAUGUAUGCCAACGCCUCAUGAGCUUGGGGAACCAACUGAAUGCUGGUGGGAAGAAAUUAACAGAGCUGGAAUGGAAUGGUAUCAAACUUGUUCAAACAAUGGUCUUGUAGCAGGAUUCCAGAGCCAGUACUUUGAGGCAGUGUUGGAUCGAGAAUGGCAAUUUUACUGCUGCCGCUACAAUAAAAGAUGUUCGUAUGGUUGCUGGUUGACAACAGAAUACCCAAGCCAUUAUGGGGAAGAAGCAGAGUUUAUCCUUUAUUCAUAUGGAUAUUAUGUCCGAGGAGCAACCACCACUUUCUCUGGCGUUGAUAGGGAUCGUCAGUGGAAAUAUAUAGUGUGCAGAAUGACAGACUUCAACUGUGAAUUUGAAAACUUCUAAAUGUAUGAACCAAUCACUGCAGAUGAUGAAUCCAGCUUUCAUUUCUUCAUGUCUCUUCAAAUUAACUUUAGCUUAAAUAAAAUGUCUUUUUGUUUGAUUACUUUUAGUAUUUCAUUUAAAUCAGUGUUACCAUUAGAGCAUAAACCUUUGAAUUAUGUAGCAAAUUAUAUAUAUUUAAAAUGGUCCAGAUAUACAUGGCAUUUGUUGAAUUGACAUUUGUGUACUAUACAAGCCUGAGUACUGAUGCUGUUCCUUUUUUCUACCAUAAAAAGAUAUAAAUGACUUUAAUGAUUACUGUAAAAGAAGUAUAUUAAAACAAAAGCCAAACAGCAAACAUAUACAUAUAUCGAAUGCACAAAUAUAACUCAAUUAUAUGCUUUGCCCAAAACCCGUAUUUCAACAAUCAUAUGUGUCACUUUCCAUUUGUUUUUACCUUAACACUUUAAUUCAGCGUCUGAGAUUAUAUUCUUAAUAUCCUUAAAUUAGCUGCACAGAAUGCCAUUUUAUAAAUAUAAUCUGACCUUAUAUAAACUGUUUAACAUGAUAGUGAACAGCCCUAUAAAGUGAGAUGAUAAAUACCAAAAUUCUAAAUGCAAAAAGUACCCAAAGUACCCAUGACUAAAAAAUAUUGGGCGAACACAUUAAUUUCUGAUUUUGUGUAUAUAAAAUAAUUAAGGAAUUCAACAUCAUAAAUUCAUAUAUUUUACAGCUUACAUGCAACAAAACAUGUUGAGGCACUUGUUGACAACAAGCAGAAAACAAAUUGCAUUCUGAGGUAUAAGUGGAUAAAUAAAUACAUAAAAAGAGAUGUUUUAGCAACUUUACGGAAUUACUACAGGUACUUCUCAAAUUUUCACUGUUUAAAUUAUUCAAAGUACUGUAAUCAAAAAUGUAUAUCUGAACACUGCAACAUUUGAAAUUACUUUAUCAAUAUAUAGAUUUUUUUUGCAAGAUUUCUUUUAAACAAAAGUAAUUUGUAUUUCCUUCUUGGGAAAAAAUUAACAUAUAUGAACACAUUGUACAUUAAAAAUGUUUUAUUCAAGCUGCAUUAUGCAUGACAAAAUAUUAUAUGAAGUCCUAGUGAUUUUAAAUCAUGAGAAAUUAAAUAAAAUUAUCUUUGUUA